AUGCUUUACACUGGUAUUAAUUGUUAUUCCCCUACACAAGAGCAUGGCCAUACCAAAGUUUACUUAGAAAUUCUCUUGAGAGCGAUUUGUUCGGACUCUAUACAAAGUAAGACAUUUGAAGCUGUCCAAAGUUUUACAUGGUUGGGUCCAGUUAGACUGAAGUUUGCCCCAAGUGAAAGUUCCUUCGAUGGAUUGAGCAAGUUAUUCUUAACCAUUGACAGCGGACUAUGUUUGGAUAAUAUUAAACUACAAGCGAAGAUAUUAACUGGCCUUCAAAUGUCUAGCAUAGAUGACCAUUUUGAUGAAUUUUCGUCCACAAAUUGGUAUGACAACCAUGUUUCUCUUCUUAUUAACAUAUUACGUCUCUAUAUAUUGCUCGACUUAGCAGAGAAGAAGGGUCUACAAACGGGCAGAUUUCCUCCUCUUAAUAACAAAACUUAUGAAGUUGAUGUCAAUAAUAUACUUCCGUUUCCCGAUACUCCUGUAAAGUUCUCUUGGCCCGGGGGGAGUGAAAAGAAAGGAUAUCCAAAUUUUGUAUAUGCCAAUGACUUCUUUCCGACUUCAUCUUCUCCAUAUAUUGACCUUCGUGGACUUGAUAUCGACGAAGCAAGGAUUGUGCUAUUCAUGACAGGAGAGUGGAAAGCACAGACCAACUUUAAAGUGGAUUUCAAUAGCUCUAAGUUGUGCAAUGAAAUCUUUUAUAGGUAUAGGAAACCUAUUAAUGAGUUGGACUUGUGGUAUAAUUCUGACGACUUUGGAAUGCCGAUGUCUCAUGUUGUUUUGUCAGCUUUACGCAAGUAUGUCGUUAACAACAGCUUAUACUAUCAAUUCCAUAUUGCAAGUGAUCUAAUUAGUCAGCUUAUGCUUACGAUUUUUCCUGAAAAUGUAGAGGGAAUGACGUGGUUGCAGCAUACUGCGGAGAUUAAUUUGCCUAUAUUUGGUUCUAUUAGAGGAAGAUAUCCUUUCCUAUGUCAAGGUGAAACUGCCAUAGCAAGACCAGAUCACAUCAAAGAAUGGGCGCUAUUUAUCGCCAAUCCGUAUCUAUUAUUUUCAAGAUCAUUAGUACUUGCUACUUGCUUCAAUAUUGGUUUGGCUGCAAGGGAUUUCAGAAUACGUAAUAGUCUUUCACUGAAAGAAACAAUCGAAGAGUUUUUCUUGGACUCUGAAUCGUUUUAUGCAUCUGCAAUAAGUCUCGCCACUGGUUCAGAAUUUCCUAAGAAUGAAAUGACAAGUGCUUGUUUAUUUUAUCCUUCUCUUUUGGAAACCUGCGGCACUUAUUCGGUGCCAGUGUCGCUGCUACAAAACCAAUCAGAAAUUAUUGUAGAUAAUUGCGUGUUUCAUGACGUUCCAUUUGUCGGUUCUCCCUACACGUCAUAUCCAAUUGCAGUGUUUGAUGAUGAAAGUCCGUACAGUGGCAAGUUCUCCAUACCGACACCAAUCAGAGUUGUUGAUAAUGGAGCCAUAUACAGCCCUUUGGAUACUUGGAAAUUAGCCUGGCUCUGCGAAGUAGCUGGUUACAAACUUCAUGCUUCAAGCAUGAAAUCUAAAGAUGAAAUAUACAAACACGCUGGCCGCAGCAAGUGGUAUUCUUUGUCUCUAAAUUGCUUGCUGAUUGACAGCGAAGGUUUGCUUGUUACGGGGUUUGAACGAAUUAAUGAGGAUUUCAUCCAUUUGCCUAAUUUCCUCCUUCCGGACACCUAUCCAUCUUUUGAUAUAGAAGUCGAGGUUUGCAAUUUGUUUGUGGAUGUUAAAAAUUGCAGAGAAAGUAGGAGAGCCAUUUCUGCAGGCGUCUCAAGCAUUCGCUGGCGCAGCUUUGGAGAUUCGACACCUGAAAUAGUGAAAGGUUCAAUGAAACGGGUUAAUGGCUCAUUGAUUGCCACAGAAUAUGAACGAGAGGUAGUUCAAGGAAAAGAUUUUGAGUAA